AUGGCAACUGCACAGCAAAUGCCCGCGGGGCCCCGGUCUACCCGGCUAGCCGACGAUGCCGCGACUGCUGCACUCUAUGCAACGCAGCCUCGACGCAAGGCGUCUGUUCGUGAUACCCCCGCAUCGGAUUCUCGAUACUUCAAUUCACGAGCUACACGCGCCACGACCGACCUCAGCCAUGCCUCCGCCGCCUCCGCCCUGGCCCAUGCAAAUCAGAAACCCAUCGAAGUAUGGCGCCCGGGCCGACUGACCGACGCCGAGAAGGCCGCGUUCCACGUGAAGGAUUUCAGCCCUCCCGAGAUUCCUCUACCAAGUACUCAAUAUAGUGCAGAGGGUUUGGGAGCAGCUAUCCUUGCAGUACGAGAGCAGAGAGCCUUGUCAAACCAGGCGUCGAACCAACAGACCAGUCCUCAGCAUGAUAUUUCCCGAUCGGGCCAUAUCCAGGAUAAUUCGCGCCGUGCUGCGACCGGUGCAUAUGCGGCUCGCCAGAGGGCGGACUCUGCACCCAGUGAGCCGGUUAACACAACCGACUCGAACUGGGCGCUCUCUGCUGCUGGCCUAUCGCACCGUGCUCAUGUAGAAAACGAGGGUCCUCUAGCACAUCUAGACAACGCGAUGGAAGCGAGCCGAAUUACCCAUGCGGCCAAAACGAAUGCUCGUCUAUACACCUCCUCCCCGCCCAUCGCGAGUGAAGUCCAGGAGCGCAACCGUCGGAACUCGCUCCAUGCUGCAGCUCUCGUAAUGGCGAGGGACAUGUAUGAUAUCACUGGUCCGACCGGUGAGGCCCAAAAUAUGGAUCCGGCUAUUUCUGCAGCUCAAAAGGGCCAAAGUCAGCUACAAGCCCGGAAAACCGUCAGCGGAGCAACCCCAUCAGCAGGCCAGCGAGCCUUGACUCUGCAAGAAACGGCGCAAAAGCGGGCCGCAGAAAAGUUGGCCCGCAUGCGUGAUGAGCACGCUGACAUGCAGCAAUACUAUGGCACCGCCCCUCAGCCUCAACGGUCGCUUUUGUCUGCUCGACGAAAGAGGACGUCCAGUGAUGCGGAUUCAACUCAAGUCGAUGCAGAGCAGUCGAGGCAGAUUCGUAAUCAGAUGUUCAGCUUGCGAAACAAACUGAACAAGGUGGAUGAACAGCGACAAAAGGAUCGGGACUUGCUGAUGGAAGCAGCCCGUCGUAAUGUCAACGCUCAAAUCCACGAAAUGGAAAUGAAAGUAUACGCCGAGACUGGUCGAGCACCACCCUCGAUCCAAAAACAAUGGGACGAGGCAGCCCGAGAGCGGGUUCGUCAGGAAGCCGAGGCCGCGGAAACGAAGGAAACUCCUACUGAUCGGGUCAACAUUGGCGCAUCACGGUACAUGGAUAUGGCGGAUGUCGAGGCCGUUGCCCGUACACGUGUUCAACCCGCGCUGGAUGAGAUCACAGAUCAAGCCGAGCGUCGGCGAGCUGAAGAGAUGGAGGCGCGUCUCGAUGCAGAGGAGCAACAGAGACGUGCUGCGAUUGAGAGAGAGCGUGAAGCUAGUUUGAGUCGAGCCGAGAAGCGGGAUGGUGUAUCAGAAAAGCGUGGAAGCAAAGGGCUGAAGCUGUUUAUGUGGAAGCGGAAGAGCAAGCAACAGCAGGAGGAAAAGGCUGAGGCAAACGAAGAAGCAGUCACUCAAGAGCCAGCUACUGAACAGCCCACCGAGGAAGCCCCUGUUGCUCAAGGAGCUGUUGUCGCACCCGAGGCCGAAGAAGUUCCUGCUGCUGCCCCCAAAGCUCAAGAACCUGCCGCUGUCGCUGCUCCAGAGCCCGAAGCCGAAACCACAGCUGCGAAAGAAACUGCACCUGAGCCGAGAGAGGCUCCUCGCCAGAACGAUACCGUGCCAGAUAUUACAACAAGUUUCUUGGCUCCCAUCUCUCCCCCAGUCAGUCUCACGUAUGAGCCUGCUCAGGAUGAAAACCGUCCUGGUAUGCUGAGGUCACAAACCGGACCACGAGAUGCUGCUGCCACCGGUGGAGGGUCCGCAAUGCAUAACAUUCAGCCGAUCGCUAGCCCCCGCGCAGACUCGAAGCUCAAGACCUGGUUCCGCGAUAGACUAGUUCGUCGUACAAGCGAACCCCAACCCCUCUACCCCCACCAGCCCGGUCCAGACUACAACACCGACAGCGAGUCUGCGUUCACCGGGGGCGCUGCUCUAACCGGGAGAAUCGAGCCUCGCGGGGCAGCGCUAAGCUCGCACCCCGUUAGUACCGAAGACCUUGAGUCCGAGCACGGUGAGAACGGUGGAGCCACCAGGUCUUUCACCGAGGAAACUACCAAUAACCACCAGGCUACGCAGAAUGGCAAUUCCAAUUGGGAGAGCAAGAGACAUCGUCUUCGUCGAAGUUUCAUGAAGACCGUUACACGCAACUCCCAGGAUCUCAAGACCAAUGGCACUGAUCACAAGCGUCAAAGCUCCGAGGCCGUUGGUAGUUCGGACCUGCAGGCCCUGCGCGAUAGCGCUACUGAACAAGGUCUCCCCGCCCCGCCUGUUAUUGGUGAUACCCCUAGUAUGCGCCGGGAAUCGAGAUUCUCUGAGGAUCUGUGA